UCACUGUUCUCUUCAAUCGAUUGCUUUCGCCUUUCUGUUCCUCACGUGUUUCGUGUUUGGGAGAGAAAACAUGGCUGCGCCCUCGACUGAUGUGCAGAUUGUGCCUGCGAAAAAGCCUGCAGUUCGAGGACCACGGCGAGUAGCCAAUCAGAUUCCAGAUGAAAUCCUCCAAGACCCCGAGUUACAGGAGGCUAUCAAAGCCCUGCCUGCAAAUUACAACUUUGAGAUCCACAAGACAGUUUGGCGAGUGAGACAAGCCAAUGCAAAGAGAGUCGCUCUGCAGCUUCCAGAGGGCCUGCAGAUGUUUGCCUGCACCAUCUCUGACAUCAUUGAGAGGUUCACAGAGGCAGAUACCAUUGUGAUGGGAGAUGUGACUUAUGGAGCCUGCUGCGUGGACGACUUCACCGCCCGAGCCCUGGGAGCUGAUUUUAUGGUGCACUAUGGUCACAGUUGUCUAAUCCCCAUAGACUCGACGGCAGGUAUUAAGAUGCUGUAUGUGUUUGUGGAUAUCCAGAUGGACAAUGCACACUUCCUGGACACGGUCAAGUUCAACUUCGCUCCUGGACAAUCUCUGGCGCUCGUCAGCACUAUUCAAUUCGUGGCUGCGCUGCAGGCUGUGAGUGCAGCCCUCAAACCAGAGUACGACAUGUUUGUCCCACAGUGUCGCCCUCUGUCACCAGGAGAAAUUUUGGGAUGUACCUCCCCUCGCUUGGACCGCCACGUCAAUGCCAUCAUUUAUCUCGGAGAUGGAAGAUUUCACCUGGAGUCGAUCAUGAUUGCAAACCCAGAUAUCCCUGCCUACAGAUAUGACCCUUAUAGUAAGGUGUUCUCCAGGGAGUACUAUGACCAUACAGCCAUGCGCGCUUUAAGGCUCCAGGCUAUUGAAAAGGCUCGACUGGCCCAAAGAUGGGGCCUCAUCGUGGGCACGCUAGGCCGACAGGGCAGCCCCAAAGUCCUGGAGCACCUGGAAUCAAGACUCCAGUCAUUGGGCAAGUCCUUCACUCGAGUGCUCCUCUCUGAGAUUUUCCCAAGCAAGCUGGAUCUGAUGCCAGAAGUAGAUGCGUGGGUCCAGAUCGCUUGUCCACGUCUUUCCAUCGACUGGGGCACUGCCUUCUCCAAACCCCUGCUGUCUCCAUAUGAGGCAGCUGUUGCUUUACAGGAGGUAAGCUGGAAGGAAGUCUACCCCAUGGACUUCUAUUCCAACCAGAGCCUGGGGUCAUGGACGCCCAACCACCCUGACAACCAGCCUGUGCGGCCCACUCGGAGACAGACUCAGAAGCAAGGCUCGGAGCCAAGCAAUGCUAGCAAGCAGUGUGAGCAGAACCAGUGCGCCCCCUGCGGCUGUCAAAAGGAAUGAAACGUCGUGACCAGCGCUGUCUUUGACUCGUCUCAUCCCUGGCCCUGCCUCCACCCCUGCAAACGGCUGGAGGAAGGUCAGAGCAGAUCAGGAGAAGCCGGUAUUUGUCCAGACAGUCUAUCAGAGAGCAGAGCUAAAGCCAGAGGAGUGUUCAGCUUCCCCUCCAAUGGAUUACCAGCCAUAUAUAAUCCCUAAUCUUACAGCGAGCACAGCAGAUCUAACCAAAUUCAUUCACUUUUUUUCACAUGUAUUCUGAGCUCACAUGCAGCUGAGAGAAUAACUUGUAUGUUGAAGCUCAGGCAUGUUGAUGUGAGCCAGAUUUCUCCAUGAAGGAGCGACUCUCUGCAGUGCUAGGAAAGAAUUUCAUUCUGCAUAGGGGAAAUGUGUGGGUCUUUCUGUAAUGCAAACACUGCCUUUUGUGACUGUUACAGAGAGCGAGCGAGCGCAGGAUGACCUUGAGCAUGCUGUAUGGAAUUAAGUGUCUGUCAAUGUGGGUGGCUUUAGUCAAAUGCAAUCCACUUGUCCUUGGAUAAAGCGCUGUAAAUUGUUUGACACUUCAAAUGAGCUUCCUUCAAUUUAAUGCUUUGUUUCCAAGACGGUCAGACGUAUUGUAUGAAGCACUUUGUUUUUAAUGUACAGUUUGUGACUUUUCACACUUUGAACAUUUUCUACUGAUGGUGAUGCAUCAUGCCUUAACAUUUCUGUUUUCUUUAAUCAGAUUCUGAAACAAUAAAUCCAAAAUGGAACCUC